UAGGCUGUUGACGGAUCAUUAAAGCCAACUGGCGUGCUUGCGUGCCUGGAAGCUAACCUUCACUGCAGCACUGGUCGCGAACGGAUUCCCCUCCACUUGGACCCGUUGAGCAUCUCGCGACGACUCCAACCUUGCAUUCACUAUGAGCGAAGGGACUGCCCAAGGAGCGCCUCGAGCUCGCGGCUCGAGUCGAGGUCGAGGAAGGGGCGGUGCAGGAGGAAGGCAAGCAGCAUUUGGCGGCAGUCUCACCACAUUCGAUGCUAGUGUCACUGAUGGCCAAACAAACGGAGCCGAGAGCAAUGCUGCGACGACCAGCGCGGGAGAUGGACAACCGCCCACUGGCCCAAGACAGAAUCGUGGAUCUGUAAAACCCAAUGGCCCUGUGGCUUCCUCACGAGGCACCGGAAAACGGGGUCGAGGUCGUGGAGGUGGAGCUCGAGCGGAAAGAUCAGCUGAAGGAAGCAGUGCCGUCUCAGCGCAACGCCCAGCCGUCUUGACAGGAGCGGAAGGACACAAGGCCGCCCUGGCUGCGGCGGCGGCGGCGGCUGCCGCCGCAGAAGCCGCAGCAGAAGCUACAGCGGGAGGAGAGGUUGUGGAUCUGUGCCACAUAUGCGCAGAACCUGUCCAGCUGUACUCUUUGGCGGCAUGCAAUCACCGCACUUGUCACAUCUGCGCUAUUCGCUUGAGAGCUCUGUACAAGAAGAAGGAUUGUACAUUCUGCAAGACUCCGAUAGAACGCUUGAUCUUCACCUCCUCACCUGAUCGACCCUUUGAGAGCUUUCUGCGAGAUGAUUUGCCAUUCUACGAUCAGAAGCUCUCCAUUGCGUUCGAGACGAGGGAAGCGAUGGAAGAAACUCUCAUUCUGCUGCGGUUCAAUUGUCCUGAGCCAACUUGCGAGGAGGCCUGUAAUGGGUGGGGAGAUCUCAAGCGUCAUGUUCGGAGAGAUCACGACAUGGGCCUUUGCGACAUGUGCAUCAAGAACAAGCGCAUCUUUGCCCAUGAGCAUUCCCUGCACACAAAUGCGAGCUUGACCGCUCACAUCGAUGCGGAACACAGAUACUGCGAAUUCUGCAGGGAGCACUUCUACGGGGACGAUGAGCUGUUUGUGCAUAUGCGCGAUCGUCACGAACAGUGUCAUCUGUGCAAGGCAAGAGGCACAGAGGAGGAGCGCUACAGAUAUUACAAGGAUUACAACAUGCUCGAGAAGCACUUUAAAGACAAGCAUUUCCUCUGCGAGUCAUCGGAAUGCUUGGCAAAAAAAUUCAUCGUCUUCGACAGCGAUAUGGAUUUCAAAGCGCAUCGACUGGCAGAGCAUAGUGCAGAUCUGUCAUCUCGCGAACGCAGAGAUGCUGCCAGGAUAGAAACCAAUUUUGCGUACGAGGAUCCAGCUACAUCGAGGGCGGGCAGGAGUCGCAGAGGCGGUCGAGGCGAGGAUCCAAUCGUAGCUGCCGAGCAGCCCACGACGUCAUAUCUGGCCGGCAGGACCCAUGUCCCAGGCGCUGCUCCUCCAAAUCGCCGCGAAGCAUUUGGAGGUAGCCUGACCGGAGCUAGCACCAAUGGCGCGACCUCUGCAGCUUCGCACCGCGUCGAGCACGAUACCGGUCUAGCUUCGAGCGGCGAUGCUUCCACUGUCGAACGUCAUCAAGUGUAUCUUGCUCGUGUAGCGUCGCUGCUGAAAGACUCCGAAUCGCGCGUUGCCGCGUUUCGGCAAAGCGUGAAGGCGUUCCGCUCCGGCGAGACUUCCGGUCGCGACCUCGCCGACUCCAUCUACCGUCUAGCUGAUAACGAUCUGGAAACCGGGUCCAGCUUAGUAAAUGGGCUAGUCGAUCUGUUGGACGACACCGACAAAAGGCGUAGUUUGCAAAGUGCCUGGAACUCGGUACGCAUUGAACGGACCCAAUUCCCAUCGCUCACUCCCCAAGCUGCAGAUGGCCGUUACGCAGGCAUCGCGGGUGGUCAGAUUCGCAACGCGAAAGCCAGCUCGUCUGCACACAGCCAUAUCUGGGCCAAUGUAGAGAGGGCAGCCAGCUCAUCCUCGGGACACGGCGCUGGUCGACCGGUCGCCUUGCGAGAGUCUUUCCCCACCCUCAAACCGGGAGGUGGAGGAUCUGUGGUUCCAGGCUCGGCAAAACAUGCUGCCUUGAAGCAAUCCAAUCUGAGAGCUUCCGGCUCUUCGACCCCAUGGGCUGGCUCGGGUACCUCGACGCCUGUGGCUUCCAAUUCUGGAACUAACACGCCAGCUUUGAAGCCCUUUACCGUUCAUGCGCCAGCGCAAGGCAGCAAAUCGGGAGGCGCGCAUGGAGGAGCAGCGCUGCGCAGCAAUGCGAGCGCUUUUCCUGGUCUGCCGAGCAAUGCAGAUGCUGCUGCGCUCCAGGCGCAAAAGAAAGCGCUGUUCGCCUACAGCAAGGACAAGGGCAAGGGCAAAGGAUCCCAAGGAGGAGCAGGACCGAAUUACAAUGGAGCAAACAGCGGCACCUCCACUCCCAAACCGUGGGGAAGCGCACAGUCGCCAGAUCCCCAUGGACGGAUCGACGGCUACGCCUCGCCAGAAGUACCACCCAUCGAUGCUGUGCCGCCAUCCGCACUGCAUCAGAGACUCGCGCAAGCGAGUGGCGCGCAAUCGAGCGCAGGUGGCGGGGGAGGCAAGAAGAAAGCGAAGAAGCUCGUUCUGGACUCUUUCGGAGGCGUCCAUCGAGGAGGUUGAGUUGGCCUAAAAUAACGUGCGCUGAUCAGCACAUUACGUGCGGAGGAGAAUGUCGUUCUGCACAAUGGCAUCAAAUAUGCAUUACAAUUCUGGAUGCAUCUUGGCCUUUUCUAGGCCGUAUACAUACACCCUGUCGCCGAUGUAAAGAGCAACGAGCAGCGCCAAGACGACGCUGACGAUGACUGUCCAGUCCUGUAUGCUCAUACCACUUGGGCGUGGAAAAGUUGCUCUUGGC